AUGCCGCCCGAGUCCCAUCAGCGCGUCCGUCGACAGCGCAGUCCCACGCGGGGGCAGUCACGGCCGCGUCCCCGUCCCGGUCGGUCCCCAUCCCGACCUCGUCACGACAACGACGUGGGACCCCGCAAGCGUUCGGAUCCCCUGGACGACCAGCGCUCCCGAGCGCGUCACAGGCAACAAGAGGCACCUCCUGUACGUGCGAAGUCCCGUCCCCCACCCUCGGGUUUAGGCUCCGGAGACGGUCGGGGACCGCCGACCAGUGCGAAGCGUCCCCGGGUCCGCUUCAGCGUGAUCGAGUCCGAAGGGGCCGCGGGAUUGCUCUCGGCCAAAGCCACGUACAGCGGUCUCUUGCGGAAACAAGCGGACAACCAGCCAGGAGCGUGGAACGAGUACUACUUCGUGGUCAAGCCCUUGACGUACUUGUUGUAUUACAACUCCAAGGACGACGAGACGCCCCGGGGGAUCAUUGACCUCGAGUACUUGUCCGACGUGAAGCGCAAUGCCGACUGCUUGCAACGGGCAGUGGGGGCCCGGGACAAUUGUUUUCGGGUUUCAGGCAAACUCCCGCGACCCACUGCUGAGCAAACGGCGUCCGGGGACGUUCCGAAGAUGCGUCCCUUAUUCCUCGAUGCGAGGGACGACGACGAUGCGCUGGAGUGGAUGCAAGCGAUUCGCAACCAUCGGUUUAGUCUCAAGAAAGACCAGCAGUUUGCCGAGGUGAUGCUGGAAUUGCGGGACGUUCGGCUGAAAGUCGAGCUACUUGAGGCAGCGCAGCAAGAGGAGAGGAGGAUGACAAAGGCAUUGCGGGUGAAAGCCAAGACGCUGUUGCAGAAAAUGCGGGCAGUGGAGGGGGGCAGCAGCUUGGACGAUGUGGUGGAGGCUGAUGAGCUUGGGUUGGAUGACACGGCGGAUGAGAUGCUGGCGAUGCUGGAAGGUAUGGAAGAUGUGCUGGUGAAUCUACAGAUGCAGCUCAGUCACCAGAAGCAGCAGGAGGUCACGUCCAAGAAAGGUGAUAAGGCAGGCCCGACUCGUCGAGGCUUUACGCAAGUAAUUCAGCGUGCAGUGACGAGGCGGGAGGUCACUGGCCAGGUAGAAGAAGUACCGGAAGACGAUGGAGAGGAGACGCUUGCUGCUAUUCGGAACCGAAGACAGCGCAAGCUUCCUGAUCCUGUGCCAGUGAUUCAGGAGGAGCAUAAGGUCAAAGCAAAGGAGAAGACUGUGGAAAAAGGGAAGAGCGAGAGCUCUCGCGAGAAGCUCAAGGAAAAGCUGAAGGCAAAUGCUCGAGAGGAGCCAGCAGCAGCAGUUGUGGACAAUGUCUCGGAUGUGCUUGCGAUGUGGAAAGCAAAAAAGAAGAGCUCGUCGAACACCAAGCAGGCAGUGUUCGAGGAUGAUGUUGACAGGUCAGGUAAAAACAGCAACCCGAGCUCUACACGAGGCAUGCCAACCACACUGGAGACGAGCUUGACGUCAAUCCCAACGAGUCGAGGCAGUGAGCGAUUGUCGGAAGAAGACACGGCAUCUCUGGAUUCGACCGAUGAGCAUGAUAUCGAAGAGAGGCUUCCUCCUGGCUGGACCAAGCACGAAAGCCGCGGGUACCCUGGCACGUAUUACUACGCCAAUGAAGAUGGCAAGGUGAGCUGGGAGGUGCCAACAGUUGACAUGGAUGGCAGCAAAAGUGAUGGCUACAGCGAUCGUGACGACCGUAGCGAAUCCGGCACCGACAAGGACGAGAAUGCCGUAGUGGUGGGGAGCGAAUACGAACACCGUAAUAGCUACACUGACACCCACAGCGAGGAAGACGAGGUCGACGUCGUUUAUCCCGAGACGACCGUUGAUGUGAGUCCUGAGUGCCAAAGCGAGCAAGAGACGGAUGAUGCCACUGCCGGUGGAACGACGUCAGCUGCGUACCGGAAGUUGAAGCCGAAACCCAAGUCUGCCUGGGCGUUCAAGCUGCCAAAGCUGCUGCCGACCACAACCCAGGUAGCUCCACCCGAAGUGACCUCGUCGUCCCCCAUUCUCCGCGGUGCCAACCACCACGAGUUUUAA